GAUCAUGGGAGGGUCUCAUUACUGUAUUCAUGGCUCUUAAGGAGUAAUUAUGUAGACUUUGAUCGAGCUGAACCAGCAAGAUUGACACAGUUCACAAACUUCAGCUGAAGGGAGAAAAAAGCUGGAAAAUAAGAGGAUCUUUAACUAAAAAUAAAAUGGAAAUUUUAUUUUCAAGGCUGUUGGUGUUGCUGUUGGUGUCUCUGCCGUCCUGCGUUUCUUCUGUAGACAAACUCAACAUGUGUAUGGACGGAAAACACCAGAUAUCAGAGCCCAGACCGGAGGGACAGCUGUAUCAGCAGUGUUCUCCAUGGAAGGAAAGCGCCUGCUGCACAGCGAACACCACAGAAGAAGCUCAUCAGGAUAAUUCAUACCUCUACAACUUUAACUGGAAUCACUGCGGCAUGAUGAGCGAAAAAUGCAAGAAGCAUUUCAUUCAGGACACGUGUUUCUACGAGUGUUCGCCGCACCUCGGGCCCUGGAUUCAGCCGACGAAUGAGUCGUGGCGUAAGGAGCGAAUCCUGGACGUGCCGUUGUGUCGGGAGGAUUGUGAGAGCUGGUACGAGGACUGUAAGAACGAUUACACAUGCAAAGAGAACUGGCACAAGGGCUGGGACUGGAGCACAGGCAAGAAUCACUGUCCGAAAGGCUCUCACUGCAGCCGCUGGACUGAGAUUUUCCCCAGCGCUCAGGAUAUGUGUGAGAAGAUCUGGUCCAACUCCUACAAGUACACAACGCUCACCAAAGACAGCGGCCGCUGCAUGCAGAUGUGGUUCGUGGGCCCGAACCCUAACAAGAAAGUGGCUGAGUACUAUCUGAACGGUGAUGCAGAGACGGUCGCCAUAGCAACAGGCCUGCAUGUGUUUGCGCUUCUCAUGAUGCUGCUGCACUGAUGUCAACCGGCAGAAUACUGAAAACACCACCGUCUGAGGCCCUCGAC